AUGUGGGGCAGGCAAGCUCUUGUUCCAAUUAAAACUCAGAUCGCCUUUCCGGUGAACGGUGGUGCUCAGCGCAACCGGAAAAGGAAGUGUCUUCUUCUCAGCCUCCUCAUUCAAGUAGGCGAGACUACUGAUACCUCAAAACCUGGCUCUCUUCCCCAGUUCCAAUGCAAAGUAGACUCAGUGAUGUACCAUGUUAUAGGAGGGCUAGGAUCAUCAGUUCCCUUGACGAGGCUGCAAAAUUACCGCUUGGAGAUGCCCACCCCAAUAGUGAGAACUACAAAAAAAUUGAGGCGGCUUUAUGAUAUUCCGAAUGUCUUGUCAUCAGUGAAUCUCAUUGAGAAGGAUACAAUGGGUAAGCCUACUUUCACACCGAGCAGCGACUUAGAUGCAAGCCGAAAAGAGUUUUUGGAACUGAUCUCGCAAGCUUCAGUGUCAAGAGAAGCAGAACCCAUGAAAAUGCUACCGAGAGGAGGAUGA